AUGUCCGCCUCAUCAGUCUACUCCACCUCUUCGAGCACAACCUCAUCCUCAACAUACUCCACCUCACACCCACUUCUCGACAACCAAAGAAAGUCAUCACUUAGCAAAGUCAUCGAUAAAGCGCGAGGGAAACUGUCCGGAAGCGAAAAGCUACCCAACGAUGAGAGCGACUUCGAGAGGGCCAAGGCCAAGGAGCUCGAGAAGCAGAGGCGGAAGGAAGAGUAUGAGAGGCUUGGUCUUGGUGAGAGGACGAAGUUCGGGCAGCCGGGUGCUGGGAGUUUCAAAGCCCUGUAA